AUGGAGAAUUUCACCUUGACAGAAAAGCCUUCAAAUUCACCCGAAAACAAUAACACUGCAAAACGAAGUGCCAUCAAGGCGGCAGCGGUAGAUUUCGGGGAGAGAACAACCGCUCACGGUGUUGGUCGCUUCACUGCAGCGACGUCGUUAGUUGUACGAUUAAUCUGGCUCGUCAUAUGUUUCCUUAUGUGGGGAAUCUUUCUUUGGCAGGGCUCGCUCGAAGUCAAAAAAUACUUUAACUACGAUGUGACGUACGAUAUCGCUGUGGUUUUUAGAGAACUUCCAUUUCCAGCUGUCACGAUCUGCAACUUGAAUCCGUUACGGCAAUCCAAGCUUGGUGACUUGGGGACGGAAUAUUUAAAUGAACUGGGAUUUUUAGAUUUUGAUACCACGGAUGACAACCAAACUUCAGAAUUUGACUGGAAUGCCGAAAUUCCUGUUGAUAGCGACUGGGACGACGAUUCAAAUUUCUUCGAUGGGUUCGAUGACGAGUACGCAGCGGAGAUUAAUCUUACCAGAAUCAUGUCAAUACUAGAUCCAAGUCUAAGAAAAUCAGUCGGUCACCAAUCCAAAGAUUUCAUUCAAGAGUGUACUUUCAAUGGCGGGAAGUGCUCAACUGCUAAUUUUACGUUAGUACUCAAUUCCAAAUAUGGUAAUUGCUUCUCGUUUAACACGGGUAUUAACGACAGUGAGAUCCUCUCGACCGUCCGUCCCGGCCCUACAAGAGGCCUGACUUUGACGUUAUUUAUAGAACAGGACGAGUAUUUGACUGAUUAUACCGAAAACGCCGGAGCAGUUGUUUUGGUCCAUCCACAUUCAAUUGUCGCAUUUCCCGAAGAGCAGGGUAUUGAAGUCCCACCAGGAUUCUCAACGUCAAUAGGAGUGAGAUUGUCUGAAAUCAUUCGAAAAGGCGGUGAUUACAGUGACUGCACAGACGGGACAGACAUUGAUAUGUUGUAUGAUGAUGACUAUUCGUAUUCCCGGGAGGCGUGUCUCAGUUCAUGUUUACAGCAAGCUCUGAUCGAUACGUGUUUAUGCUAUGAACCAACUUUACCUCAUUCAGCCGAUGUCGAAAUGUGCAGCAAGGUAUCCGGUGGUACAACGUGCCAAGCAGGUGUCACGAACCAACACAACAAAAAUCAGCUCGGCUGCACGGAUACAUGUCCUCCUUCUUGCAACGAUCGGACGUACGAGACUGUUGUGUCGAUGUCACAGUGGCCAUCAGAGGCUUACGACGAUACCCUCUUCAGGAGGCUAAGCAAAAGAAGCAGCAAAAUACAAGACCAGUUAGGAUCGAUUGAAGACUCAAGCGCUUGCAAAGACACGGCAUGUGUUGAUCGAUUUAACCUGGAGGAGAAGUUUGUUAAGCAUAGAUCUCGUAUUGGUUACGGAACUACUAGUAUAUUCUCUCAGGAGAAACUUAAUUCAGCUCAAAGUAUAUUAUCAAGAACUGAAUUAUCAAAGUAUUACAGAAAAACCGGCUCUCGAU